AUGUCAGACCCCCUGUCAAUCGCCGCAAGCAUCGCAGGGCUUGUCACGCUCGCCGACAUCAUCUUCGAUCGUCUGGUCAAGUACGGGAGAUCGGUGAAAGAUGCCGAGAAAGAAAUCCAGGAGCUUGCAAAGGAGGUCAAUCUCCUCGCUGGCAUUCUGAGUAGUCUUUCUAGGCUGGCCAGGGCUUUGGACGAUGAAUCGUUUGACAGAAACCUGCGCAUGCACCACAUCGAGGCAUGCAAUAAGACCCUCGCGGAGAUCGACAAAAGAUUGGGCAAGAUGGACAAAGAUUCGAUCAAAGACAGGCUAAAAUGGCCGUUUUCAAACCACCGCAUCAAGGAAUGGCUGGAAGAAUUGUCGAAGCACAAACAAAACAUCAAUCUGGCUCUGUCUGCCAAUACGAUGGACGCCAUGCUCCGACUCUUGGCGCAAGAAGGCCGUCAUGCCGGAGAAACGCUCACCGUGGUCAAGGAAACUCGGGAAAUCGUCACUCGGAUCGAACAAAACUCAGGGCGCACGAAAAUUUUGGAUUACUUCCUGAAGUACAAUCCUCAGCAGAACUACGAAAUGAGUCGUCGUCUGCGACAUCCAAGGACUGGUCUCUGGCUCACACGGCUUCCCGAGUUUCAGCAUUGGCUAUCUACCCCUGACUCCAGACUUUGGCUGAAGGGCAUUCCGGGAGCCGGCAAGACGGUUCUGGCUGCGUCAAUCAUCGAGGCGGCACUGGGCAUGAGCACGGAGACGACCCCCUCCGCGUUCUUUUUCUGCGACUACAAGGAAGCCAACACUCACAAGCCUGAGGCCAUCCUCGGGGCUCUGAUCUAUCAACUUGCCAUUCAAAAGGAAGAAGCGUAUGAGAGGCUGGAGAAGUUUUACGAAGAGCUACAUCCCUCAAAUGGUCUACCUCGAGUUGCCAGCGUCAUGUCAUUGGAGCGGGUUCUCAAGGAUAUGACUAAGAUGUACGACCACGUGUAUCUGAUCGUCGAUGGUCUUGACGAGUGUAAAGAGCUCACCGAUGACGUGGUUGAGAUGCUUUCUGACAUUUCCGAGGACACCGACAACGUCUCCAUGGCUCUUCUAAGCCGCGAUGAGGAUCACAUUCGAGGUCAUCUGGAGGCGGACUUUGUUCCCUUGGAGAUUGCCGCCCACAAGGAAGACAUAACGGAAUUCGUCACAUCGGAAAUUGAAGAGAGGAUUCGCAAUCGCAAGUUACACAUCAAUGACGCUGAGCUGAAAGGGGAAAUUCUUCACGGACUCAUUGAUGGAGCAAAAGGAAUGUUCAGAUGGGUGGCUUGUCAACUGGACCACCUAGGAGAAUGCGACUCAGAUCAGGAUUGCCGCGAUGCACUCAAAAGCCUUCCCCCGACCCUAAACGAUAGCUAUGUUCGCAUCCUUGAACGCAUACCCAGAACCAAAACCAAAACCAUUCAAUUGGCCCUGAACAGCAUAGCAUAUGCCUCUCCAAAGCUCACGAUCCAUCAAUUAAGGCAAAUACUCUCAGUGCCUGAGAAGGGAGGACCGCUAAAUCAGCGAGCCGUCAUACGCGAGGAAGCCAUCACGAGGUACUGCAGUAGUUUCGUUCGAAAGUCGAAUGACGGACUUUACCUUGAAUUCUCCCAUUUUUCGGUCCAGGAGUUUCUUGAAACGGCCUCACUACCCAAUUCAGACUUGGAGAUCUUCCGAGUCUCUAAACAACGCGCAUUUUCGCUGCUCGCGAUUGAGUGUCUGAAGUUUAUCCAACUCGAGAAUUUCAGCCGUGCCAGCGUCGACACAGGGAAGAAAGACGACACAAAGCGCGAACAGAAUCGGAUCUCAACACGCGACAGAGAAUUCCCAGCGUACGAACACGCUGCCGGACGCUGGCCGAUAUACGCCAGAGGAGAAUGGGAAGAUGCGCGUAUUGUUGACCUUACCAAAUCUCUCUUCCGCCCGAGUAAAACAACCUCGUUCACUUCUUGGGCAAUCUCGAUUGUGGAACAAUACGAACUCUUCGGAACAACUAAGAACGCUACGUCAAUUAUCACCAGUUUCCUUUUCAGCCCACUGCAUCUGGCAGCGUCCUUCUCCUUGCCACAAAUUUGCUCCUUCCUCAUUCAGCAAAAGAUGGACGUCAAUCUCGCAGGCCCCGUCGGGACUCCGAUGCAAUGCGCUGUCCAGGGGAUCGCUGCAUCAACUGAACUAUACGGUGACGACUAUCUCGAAUGGUUUCAACCCACAGCCAGCGAAGAUCAUCAUGAAAUGGUAGCCACAGCAGAGACCAUCAACUGUCUCCGUCACGCCGGGGCGUUAUUCCCUUCAGAGUGCACCUAUCCAUUUCACGGUCAGACUUUAUACGAAGUUGCGUUCGACGUGGCAUACAAAGCAGACACGCUGUUUCUACCGAUGACUCUGCUUCGCUUUGGUGUGCCGCUCAAAGAACACGACCUUGAGAGCGCAGCCGCCUUCUUCAUAAGACAAGCUGAACAUGACUGUGUGACACAUUGUGCGAGCUUACAACCGUUUCUCGAAUCAAUGGAUGACUCCGUCGCCCCAUCUUCUUUGGAAAUCCGACUACACCGUCUGGUGUGGAACCAAGCCAUAUCAUACGACCUGGACUUCGUCCGUCACCCGACGACAAUUGAUACCAGAAUCUAUUUGACGGAAGAAGACUUGGGGCGGCAAGCUGUUGCAGCAACCAAGGUGGGAAGUCUCCCUGUACUGCGCAGAAUUCUAAACGAUCCUCGUUUUGAAGCCUCAACUUGUGUAAGUGAGGACGGCAACUCGCUUUUGCACCUGGCAAUGGCAUCACCAAGGGGUACCGUAACGUCUCUUAUCAUCAAGGAGUUACUCAAUGCCGGGUGCGACGUUUCCAAGACGAAUACAUUUGACGAGCAGCCGAUCCACUUGUGGGGGCCCGACUGUGAUUAUGACAACUACACAGACGACGUUACAGACAACGAGGCCAGAUGGCAUACGACAAAUACUUACUACGAGGCGGUCAAGAUGCUUAAAGACAACGGUGCGACUUGUCUUGCGCAAGACGCAAAGGGGCGCAACGCUCUGCAUGUGCACGCUGAUUGGCCUCAAGGGCUCAAAGUUCUAUUGGAGCACUUUGCAGAUGAUAUCACCAAGGCUAUGGAAACCGUGGACCGCGACGGAUAUACGCCACUCACUCAGUGUCUCAAGGACGAGGAGGUGGAUUCCGCCUCCAUCCUUGUGGAGCACGUCUCUCUCAGCCCCGAGAUGGUCCGCUGCCCAACGCAUAUAUUGUUACUUGCGGCGAGCGCCAACGCGAGCGAUCUUUUCGAAACCCUGUUUCGUUCAAACAUCAUAGACAAAACCACGUUGGCGCCCGGAGACAGCCCUCUGCAUCAUUUGAGCCGCCACGCCACAGUGGGCUUCGUUCGACGCCUAAAAUCCAUCUACCCUGGGUCUUGCAGUUAUCCAGGCGAUAUUUCUGGCAAGACGCCAUUAGAGUCGUAUAUAGGACAGUGUUUACAAACCUAUAAGGUGAACAGAAUCGCCUCGGCUGUCGUGGAAGAAUUGUCCGUCUCAGGACCUCCCAUGACAACUGUUGUGCAAAGGAGCGUUUGGCAGCACUUCUCACAAACCUUGGUUGAGAUCGCACGCUCUUCAAUAGUCUACGCAAGCCGCUUAGUCAAAGAAGCAAUCUCGGAAGGACACACCUUGUCGCGCCUCGGGUACCUGCAUGCCUACGAGUCAUCAGCCAGCCAGUCUGGUAUCAUCCCAUUAUUGGAAGUCGUCUCCGACCGCUCCGUUCUCACAACGUCCGAUUUCGCGCCCAUCUGCGAGUUGAUCCAUCAUUUCAUUGAUCAAACGCGUUACUGGCCUGACAUUGAGAGGUCCCCACAUCUCAUUCGUCUGCUGAAAGCAGCCGUUCAAAUUUGCGACUUGAAACUCGGAAAAUUCCUCUUGGGGAAAGGCGUCAGUGUCCACCAACGAGUUGAUGGCCUGUCUGCAUUGGAAGGCAUAUGUCAGAACCCCCCAAAGCACGAUGAAGUAAAGAAAAUGCUCAGUCUCGUAUUGGAUCAUGCAGAUAAGUCUCGUUGGAACGAAACGAGCCCUUUCAACAGACUUCCGUUGCUUCAUCAGCUUCAUGCUCCGGGCGCAGAGUGGAUUGUCGGCGAACUCGUACAUCGAGGUGCAGACCCUAACGUGCGCAUCGAUCAUGGUUGGCAUGAUCCGGUUUUGGUCUGGUAUUUGAGAACAAACAGAUUUCAGUAUGCUUCCGCCAUAUUGAGAGCUGGAGCAGACCCCAGUCAGACAAGCAGCUUGGGUUUCGACUCAGCCCUGGCCGCUGCUGCUGCUUUCGGUUCAUCUUCGUUCCUGCAUGAAUUAUAUGAUGUUCACAAGGGAAGUAGGUUGAUAAACUGGACCAAAACCUGCUCCACGACACUGUCGAAAUGUAAGGAACCUAUCAAAUUAUCGGGAACUAACGCACUUCAUCUUGGCGCUGUCAAUGGGCAGAUUGAAAUUCUGAGGUUCUAUCUAGAUCAUGAGCUCAUCAGUGAUGUCGAUUCCAGGGCGGAAGAUGGCUGCACACCAUUGCAUUUUGCCGCCAUUGGAGGCCACACCAGCGUCGUUGAGUUCCUGUGCGCUCGAGGAUGCGACGUCAAUGCCCGAACAGCGAAAGGAAGCUCGUCACUGCACCUUGCGGCAAGGUACCACAUGCUUGGAGUUGCAAGAGCCCUUAUCGACGCCGGGUGUAGGCCAUCUCUUGACUCGGCAGGAAUGCGCCCCAGCUUCUAUGCGCUCCAAUCCAACGAUACAAGGCUCAUCGCAUUAUUUACAUCCUCCGAAUCGGAUCCGGAGCAGCUUACUUCGGACACUCGCGAACAUGACACUUUAUCAGAAAGACCGCGUCGAAUGGCUUUUGCUGCAGCUUUCGAGGAUGCCAUCCUCGACAACAACUUGAACCGUUGUCAAGACUUGGUUGCCAGAGGUUGUGACCUCGAGAUUCCUCUAAACAGCUGUGGUGGUUGUUCGCCUCUUAUAAUGGCCAUCGAGGAGGAACGAACCGCAAUCGUAGUUUGGCUUCUCGCGGAGGGGGCAUCCCUGACAAGAACCGUCUCCUGUGGCGAUCCUGUUGUUUCUGCAAUUCAUUUGAUAGUCGGCAAUCCUAGUCUGAUUGAGGUCCUGCCUCAGAGUCUAGCGAGAUACACGAACAGCGAGGAUGGGGCGUGGGGUCAAUAUUCAAGUCUCAUCCACACUGCCGCGGCCUCGAAUAAUGACAAAGGCUUGGAGUUGCUUUUAAAGAAUUUGAAGGACCGCAGCGAACACAAUGAGGCCUUGAAAACUCUGUUUUGCGUGGCUGUUAACGAGCCCGGUGCAGACGGGCUUUCAGCCCUACACUGGGCAGCCAAGACAGGAAAUCUCAAGGCUGUCAAUCUGCUGCUCGGUUCUGGAGCCAAUAUCAACGCCUUGACAAUCGAGUCCAGAGAAACACCAUUGCAUUUCGCGAUGCUGUGUGAUGAGGAUCCGGAGUACCUCGUCGCAUUGCAAUUGAUAGACAAAGGUGCAGCUCUUGAGUGUCGUGACCACAAAGGCAGAACUCCAAUUCUUACUGCAACACGUCAUCUUAGUUUCCUCAUUAUAAGGGCCUUGAACGAUGCCAAAGUAGACGCUGCAGCCUCAGACUCCAAAUCGACCUCUCUUCUGCUACAUGCAGCACCGGACCUCGAUGGAGUCCAUAUACAUUGGGAUUAUGUCAAGAUCUUUGCAGAGUUCGCAAAUCUUGGACAUGAUCCUCACGCUUUAGACUCGACUGGCCGAUCGGCGUUUCAUUCUGCUAUUUGCCAAGAUGAUUUCAUCUCACUAUUGCUCAAUUUAGAUAUCCGACUAGAAGAUAGCCAGCCUUUCCCCUGGAACAUCGGGUCACAUCAACAUCUUUUUUGGCUCACCGAUUGCUUCCGACUCUUUCAAAGGAAAUACAAACAACAAGCACUCUGCAACUUCCUCAACAUGGCACCUCACAAUGCCUGGAGCCCACUAUGCAGGUCGGCAUCCCUCGGUCGGACGGUGGUCAUGGAGAAUCUCAUCAUCAUGGGCGCCGACAUUGAUGCGGAAGGGUGUUCUUUGGGCUCUGCUCUGAUUGUGGCUUGCAUUACCGGGCGGAAAGAGUCAGCUGUUUACCUAGUUCGUCGCGGGGCGGCGCUGUCGUACUGGGGGCCAAACGGGUUCCGGUCAGCGCACGACGCUGCGAAGAGAAACCCAUCAGUUCUGAACUGGCUUCUGGUCGGACGGUUCACCGACCAACGGAAACUGACGCCGGCCGAUGGUCUUGGGCUGGUAGAUGAACAAAGUCGGGGGCCAUUCACUUGGGGCGGGCCUGUGAGGGCUGAGUUGGUCAUCUGCGGGACAAUGGAAAGGUUGCCGAAGGAGUCGUCACGGAAAUACUGGUCCCGGCUGAUGAGCGAGAAGAAGAAGUGGAGGGGAAAGGUCCUGCCGCUGAGUCCUGCACGUCGAACAAGCCGCCCCUCGAACUUGAUUCCUGAGGAGUACGUGCGAAUCCACCGAGAUGGCUAUGAGGUUAAAAAAGAAUAG